CCGGGGCGCCGCAGCCCGCCAGACUUGGACCGCGCGCGGGCGGCGGGCGGGCAGGCAGGGCGGCCGGGCGGGCAGCGGCCCCGGCCCGCAACUGCGCCCCUCGCUCGUCUGCGGCCCCAGCCCGGGCCCCGCCGCGCACACGGCGAUGGUGGGCCGGCUGAACCUGCAGGAUGUGCCCGAGCUCGUGGACACGAAGAAGAAGGGCGACGGCGUCCUGGACAGCCCGGACUCGGGGCUGCCCCCCAGCCCCAGCCCCAGCCACUGGGGGCUCGCUGCGGCCGGGGGCGGCGGCGGCAGCGGGGAGCGCGCCCCGGCGUCCGGGGCCCUGGAGCCCGACGUGGCGGCGACCCCCGCGGUCCCGAAUCCAGCCUCGCUCCCCACGCCCCCGGCUUCCGCCUGCACACCCAAGUUGUGCCCCUUGUCCUUUGGUGAAGGAGUGGAGUUUGACCCCUUACCACCAACGGAAGUCAGGUACACUUCCUCAGUCAAGUACGACUCAGAGCGGCACUUCAUCGACGACGUCCACCUGCCUCUGGGCCUAGCCGUGGCCUCCUGCAGCCAGACGGUCACCUGCAUCCCCAAUUGCACGUGGCGCAACUACAAGGCCGAGCUGCGCUUCGAGCCCCGCCACAAGCCCGCCCGCUUCCUCAGCACUACCAUCAUCUACCCCAAGUACCCCAAGACCAUCUACACCACCACCCUGGAUUACAACUGCCGCAAGACGCUGAGGAGGUUCCUGUCCAGCGUGGAGCUGGAAGCCACGGAGUUCCUGGGCGGUGAUUGCCUCUCCGAUGAGAGCUGACUCCAGCAAGCUGGGGGGGCUGGACCGUCUCCCCCGCCGGCCCGGUCACACUGGGCCGCACCACCCCUGAGUGUCAUACAUGCCCCCAGGAAUCUAACCUAGAGACACACCUCUAAGCCCAACCUGGGGAAGAAAAAAAAUAUCACGCUGUCUUAUCGUAAUUGAGAGAAUUUGGUUUUUAAAAAAAGGUCAAAUUGUUUUUAAAAGGAAUGUAUUUGAGUGUAUUUCUAGUAUGCUGCAGCAUAGUUCUGUCCCCUCCCCCAGUCUCAAUUUGAUGAGAAAAUAAAGAGACCACAGCAAAAGGAAAAGGGCCGCAAUUUGAAAUAGGGAGGGAGGGAGGGGCUCCCCUCCCAUUGGCCAGCGCGUCUGAGGGGCGUGGAGAAAGGCUCUGGAAUGGAAACAGUGAGUUUUAAGCAGUCUCAGCCCAGGGCGUCCUCACUGCUUCGACAGUGGUGCCGAUUCGGUAAGCCGCGGCACCCACAUGGGUUCCAUCUGUGUGGAGCGUGGCUCUCUGUUCCAUUUUUAUUUCCAUUUCCAUGUCCGUUUCCUGUUAACCGAAACGCUUUGCAUUCUCUAAAUCCUUUUCAUGACAAAAAAAAAACCCCUGCAGAAUAAGAUGUUUAAAAAAAAAAAGAAAAGGUUCCUUCCGCGCUCACCUCUCCAGGGGGGGCCAGGUCGCCUGCAGGGACUUCGUGGGCAGUGGCCUUGGUUCUGCUCCCUUCUACCAGUUGCUUCUGAGCUCAGGGUCUGGCAGAGCGCCUGGCACCCUUGGCAUCUGGCGACGUCUCCACAGGCUUGUGUAACCCUCCUGAUAUGUAUUUUGGGGUUUCUAAAUACUUUCCUGUUUUUUCAUACGGGAAAACAUUGCAGAGAGAGACGAUAUUUGAAAAGAGUGCUUAGGAAACUGCUUUUUGGGACUCUGCGAGAAGCCCUCACUCACAGUGGGAAUCAGCGGCCACACCUGGGGCCCGAUGCCACCUGGCAGGAGGCAAGUACAGAUGUUCCUGGUGAUCUGGUUCAUCAGGUGGGUGUCCUCUCCAGGGACCCUGGGUCACCGGCUUUUAGGACUUUGGUUGUGUCAUCGCGGCUGAGGAAUUCCGCCAGUGCCUUAGGUCUGAGCCACGAGGGAGGAGACAGCCCUCCCCAGGUUCAGCAAAACAGGGACGGAUGUCCCAAGUGCCAUUGCAUAGCCUGGGUGCGGUUGUGAGGGCACACACUUCCUUUAAGUGUCCAUUUUCAUGUAAGUGACACUCAUGGCGUUGGGUGUGAACUGAAGGAUCUUUUCAAAUUCAGCAGAACGGGACAGCGGCGGGCCGAGAGGGUGCGGUGGGCCAGGCUGCCGCUGCCCCCCCCCACCCGCCUGCCUCACCCGCCACUUCUCCUGCCUGAGGCUUUUGAGUGAAGAAAAUGGCAGGUGGCUUUUUCUCUUCCAACGCUGGGAAGAACAAACCGUGACUAUUCCCUCUGAAUACACCGCAGUUACAUCAAGUGUUGGAGGGUUAGAGAGGACUGUAAGCUCGGACCCCCGCUGCGUCUCCCGGUUUCUGUUGAUGCAUCCAUCUGCCCUGAAAGCAGAACUGCUGGCUGCAGGGUUCCCCGGAGCCACAGCAGGGACUUUUGUUCCGAGGAGAGCAAGUGUGAUGAUAAACACCUUCAUUUAAAGUCAUCGGAGGUGGGUACAGCCAAACCGUCUGGUGUCCCCCUCAGACUUCACAGUAUUCAGUCUCUCGCGCUCCUAGCUGAUGGAAAGCGUCCCCUGGUGGAGCCUGCAGUGGGCAAGCCUGAGUUCGUGCGGUGGGGCUCAGUGGGGGGCCCUCAGCAGGGCUCUCGGGGUCCUUCAGGAGUCUCCUCAGUCACGCAGAGCAACAAAUGCUUCCCGUGUUUGGAAGAGCAAAUCACACGGCAUUUAUGAUAAAAAUGGACUUUUCUGUCCGAUUCUGUAAUCUUAUCAUGUAAGGCAAGUGAUAAAUGUAAAUUUUAAAUUACGUGUCGAGAGUUCCCAAGGCUUUGCCCCGGCCCAGUGGGGACACGUGAGUGAGGUCGGGCUGGAGAAUGUGGCCUCCGACCACGGCAGUGCUCUGAGUUGUCCGCGUGAGAUUUUGGUUCAGGGGGAUUGAGUUAAGUUCAAGCAAAUUGCUCUGGGUGGGGAGAGAAUCGGAAUUAUGUCAGUGAAGUAUGUAGAAGCGAGCGAUUGUGAAUGUGCACCGUGAAUGCAAAAGCAGGUUUUGUUUGGCUAAGUUAUUCACUAGGGAACGGACUUUAGGUCUAGUCCUCUUUCUUCACACCUGCUUGGCCGAAGGAUGCAGAAAAGGAGGCAGGUGAAGACGCGCAGGACACUUCAGGGCAGGCACCCGGCUCGCGGCGUCUUGCAGCUCACUCGGUAAACCAGGCGUUCCUAGGUCUGGGGGACCCAGUUUACUUAUGAAUUAAAGUCUUCUUUCUCAGGCUCUUAAAUUAUGGCUUUCAUGUAAUAAGGAUGAUUUGUAUUUUCUGAAAAAAAUGUUGUUUUCAAAUCCAGACCUUUUAACAAAGAAUGAUUACCUUUUCAUUGGAUGCUUUUCUUGUUUCUAACGUUAGGAAGCCCAGAAUAGUAUUUGACAAAAACUACUUCUUAAAUUCAUCUUUGACAUCUCUUUCCCACCCCAUUUUGCUUUGUGACUCCUUCAUGUAACAAUAAAUUAUCUUUAAAA